AUGGCUUCUUCGUUAUUGGAUUUAGAUGAUUUAAUAGAAUUUCAAUUGGAACGUCUAAAAUUCGAGGAUUUAAACUAUAAAGAUGAAUUACAAUUACAACGCCAGUUAUUGGAUCUGGAUGUAUUGCAGUGCUCGCAGCGGCGUCUCAAGCAUACCCUAACAAAAACUCUAGCCAAUCAACAGCAUCAGGCUUUACAGGUACCGGAGGCCUCCUCCUGCACAGAUUUGCCCUCGUCAGUGGCUGCGGCUGGCGAUGCUGGUCCUCUUCACACUAAUAAUAACAACAAUAAUAAUAAUAGCAGUAGCACGGGUGCCAUUGCUCGCAGCAGUAGCAGUCGUAGGGGUAAAGCGAAUGUAACGACGGUGGGUGGUAGUGUGCAAAAUAUUGCCAAUGGCAGCAUAGAAAUAGCUAUGGAGGAUUUGGGUGCUGGAGCUUAUGGUGGUGGCGGUGUUGGUGUAGGUGUAGGCGGUCAUGGUGGUGUGCUGCGCGGCAACAUUAGUUUGCCCAGUUUUAGUGAUAGUGAGGAGGAGGCCUUCAACAUUGAUCAUCAAAAGGAAUUCAGGUCUCUGGUAAUUGAAUGGUUUCAACAACUUCGCGCCAGAACUGAAGAUUUCAAAUCCGACGAAGAAUCGAGAAGAAUGCGAGAAGCCGGCAAUGAUUCCUAUCGUAAAGAACGACAUGCACUCAAAGCAUGUGACCUCUAUACGGAAGCAAUAUUUUUGGCGCCAUCACAAGAUAGUAUAGCAGCCGCAAUGGCGCACGCAAAUAGGUCCACAGUAUUGCAUGACUGCGGCAUGUAUGAGCAAUCGUAUGAUGAUUGUUUAUGCGCCUUGGAUUUAGGCUAUCCGGAAGAGUAUCAUCCAUUGAUAAAACUGCGUCAAGCCUCUUGUGCCUUAAAAAUGCGUAAUUUUUCUUUAUGCGAACAACAUUUGCAUGAACUCUUACACAUGGAACUCUCGGAAACCUUUGAAGCUCGCACCCAUGAGCUGUGGCAUGAAUGUGAAGUACUGAAAGCCGAAAAGAUUGAGAUGGGAGUUCAAACAGACAACGAUUUAAUAAGUAAUGGUACCAAAAUCUAUGAAGUGGCUUGGUUGGACAAUACUAAUGUUAUAACGACAACAAAAAGCGCCUAUCUUAGAUCCAUUGCUGAUAUACCCAACAAUACUCCCAUUUUUCAAGAGGAAGCCGCCGUUUUUGUGCCCAGUGGCGCAGCGCGCAUUUGUGAUCACUGCGGCGUCACACAAUUCGUACCGUUUCCAUGCAUUUUUUGCUCCAAUCGUACAGCCGUCUACUGUUCACGCAAGUGCCGUGCGGCACAUGCUUCCAUACAUGCCCUCGAAUGCUAUGCCCAUCAGAUCGAACUCUUCGAGGAGUUCGGUGUUGAGUUCUCAAAGCCACGCCUACUACAGCUCGCCUUUCGCAUGCUCAUCAACGGCCUACCUCAGGUGGUGCCACACUGUCGCAAAAAACCCACGGUCAGCAAGAUGUGGAACGCCUUCAAUAGCAUACUGACCGAACGCAACUGCAACUCUUCGUCCGCCUCGCUAGCUGCCUCCUCCACAUCGUACUCUGCCCUAUUGCGUUUAGAAUCCCACUUAGAUAAGGAGGAAAAGCCAAGUAUGGUUUCUUUUGCCAUUGUCGCACACAUACUUGCCAUCUAUUUGGGCGAGUACACCGACUUUUUCGAACUACUCGAGCUGACAAUGCCCGCAGCAGCAAAGCUAGCGCGUCAGGAAUGGGAAUUGCUCGCGUCCGCUUUGCUGUUGCGCCACAUUUGCCAGUUGCGGCACAAAAAUCUCGUUCACUGCCCAUCCUUUGUGCUGCCCUCCGAUCCUCACGUGCUCUCGCCCAACGAUGAGUUCACCCUGUGGGAAACCGUGCGCCAUGUACGACGCGGCUAUCUGCACCUAAUAGCCGGCGAUGUAACGACUGUCGCGUACGCCGUUUUCCCCCAAACACUCAGCCACUGUCGUCACUCCUGUGUCGAUAUGAUUUAUCGCAAGAUCAACGGCUGUAAGCUGACCGCCUAUGCCACCAGUGAAAUUCCAGCAGAUGCUUGCAUUUGCAAUUGUUUCGUUAGUGGGAACUAUCGACAAUCGCUGUACAGUCAACGUAAAUUGGAACUGGCCACACGAGGCAUUGAUUGCAAAUGUGAAAAAUGUUUUCGUGCUUAUCCUGAUGAGGAUUUUCAUAAAUUUCAUCGUUACCGCUGUGAUAAUCCGAAUUGCAAACAAAUCUUUACACCAUCAAAUCUUAAACGCACCCGUAAUCUGCAAUGGUGGAAAUCCGAUUAUUAUCGAAGACCCGAAAAUAAUGGCUCCGAAUUGCUAGUUUGCACCGAAUGUGAACAGACCCAAAAACUCGAAUGGUUUUGGACAUUCACCGCUGCCCUGAUGGACUGUGAUACAAUUGAGGAGCGCUGUAAACUAUAUGCGGCCAUAGAGCGAGCCGAUAAACAACUCGUCGAUACACACGAAUUGAAGGUGGCACUAGCACGUCAAUUAGUCGAACAAUGUUUGUUAAUACACAGAGAGGGUUCAAAACAACUCGAUGAAUGGGAGCUUAAUAAACUGGGCUCUAUUAUGCGCAGUGCUUUGCAUAUAGUAUCGGCCCAAUAUCGCACCUUCAGCAUUGAAUAUGUCCAACACAUGUCCUAUUUUUGGGAUGUCAUGGCUCUAAGCAACUACAAAUGCGGCGACAAGGAACUUAUGCAAAUGUUACAUGCCCUCGAAUACAUACCCGAUGAGUACAAGGAGAUCUUUAUCAACUACUAUGAAGACUAUAUAGCACCAAAGUUUGUCGAAGAAACCUAUGGCAAUAUACUCGAUACGGAAGUGUAAAGGUAAAAGCAGGAACACACAAUCCCAUAAU